CGUCCCCAACUUCUUCCGUACACACACCCUACCGGCUCAUUCCGGUCACCAAGUGCACCUUUCUCUUCUACACAACUGAAUAUCAAUAAACACACACCCUCCAAAAUUAUAUAUAUAUUUUUUUAAAAAAUUGUAAAGCCAGAAAAAAAAAAAACUAAUAGAGAAAGACACAAUCUCUUCAUCUUUGUGAAAGUAAUUGGGUUUUGUUUUGUUUUUAGUUAUUUUUAUUAAUUUUAUUUUUUGCUCUUUGGGUUAGCGAUUGUCUCUUCCGUCGUUUCGUUUCGUUCCUUUCAUUCACCGCUUCUUUCCUUCCUUCGAGUUUCGGAGAGAGAGAGAGAGAGAGAGAAUUUCCUCGGAAUUGAGGAGUGGAGGAUUUGAGUUAGGGUUUUCAAUUGUGCGGCGUUUGGAAUUUUUGGAACCGAAUCGAAAUGGUGGUUCGGGAUGCGAUUUCGCGGGAAUUAUAGCUUCGAUCUUGGCGGAAUUGCUCGAAUAUUAGGGUUAAAGCAAUGGAUGUUGAUUCCUCGAUGGUGCCGGAGACCGAUCACGAUCCUGCGGUGGAGAACCAUCCCGAUAGAGAGCAGCUAGUGGAGCCGCCUUUGUCAUCGUCGGGCGGCGGAUCUCCGGCGCAACCGCCGGUGCAGCAGCAGCAGCAACAGCAACAGCAGGUAACGGCGGCUGCUCAGGUGCAGGGAAGUCCGGUAGUUGGUCCGAGGCUCGCGCCGACUUACUCAGUGGUGAAUGCGAUUUUGGAGAAGAAAGAGGAUGGUCCAGGGCCGCGGUGCGGCCACACGCUGACGGCAGUUGCGGCAGUGGGAGAGGAGGGCACGCCCGGGUACAUUGGUACGAGACUGAUUUUGUUCGGCGGUGCCACUGCUCUUGAAGGGAAUUCUGCGGCUUCAGGGACUCCUUCAUCCGCUGGAAAUGCUGGCAUACGUUUAGCUGGUGCCACUGCUGAUGUCCACUGUUAUGAUGUCUUGACUAAUAAAUGGUCUAGGAUAACUCCGUUUGGAGAGCCUCCAACCCCAAGGGCAGCACACGUGGCGACUGCUGUGGGAACGAUGGUAGUUAUUCAGGGUGGCAUUGGUCCUGCUGGAUUGUCAGCAGAGGACCUUCAUGUUCUUGACCUCACUCAGCAUCGGCCACGAUGGCAUAGAGUUGGUGUUCCGGGCCCGGGACCAGGGCCACGUUAUGGACAUGUUAUGGCUUUGGUGGGGCAGAGGUAUCUCAUGGCAAUUGGAGGAAAUGAUGGAAAGAGACCUUUGGCUGAUGUAUGGGCCUUGGACACGGCGGCCAAGCCUUAUGAAUGGCGCAAGUUGGAGCCAGAAGGAGAAGGUCCACCUCCAUGCAUGUAUGCAACUGCAAGUGCACGCUCUGAUGGGCUUCUUCUGCUUUGUGGAGGGAGGGAUGCCAAUAGUGUUCCAUUGGCAAGUGCAUAUGGACUUGCUAAGCAUAGAGAUGGUCGUUGGGAAUGGGCAAUUGCCCCUGGUGUCUCACCAUCUCCUAGAUAUCAGCAUGCAGCAGUAUUUGUUAAUGCAAGGCUCCAUGUGUCUGGCGGAGCUCUUGGCGGAGGCCGAAUGGUAGAAGACUCGUCAAGUGUCGCAGUGUUGGACACUGCUGCUGGUGUUUGGUGUGAUACAAAAUCUGUUGUUACCAGUCCAAGAACAGGUAGAUACAGUGCUGAUGCAGCUGGUGGGGAUGCCUCAGUUGAGUUGACUCGGCGUUGUAGGCAUGCAGCGGCUGCUGUUGGGGACCUAAUUUUUCUUUACGGUGGUUUACGUGGCGGAGUCUUGCUGGAUGAUCUACUUGUUGCUGAAGAUCUUGCUGCUGCCGAAACAACAACUGCUGCUUCACAUGCUGCUGCAGCAGCUGCAUCUGAUUUACAAGUGGGACGGCUAUCUGGACAAUAUGGAUUUGUUGAUGAUGGGACAAGGCAAACAAUGCCUGAAGCGACUUCUGAUGGUGCAGUUGUUUUGGGGAAUCCAGUUGCUCCCCCUGUAAAUGGUGACAUAUAUACUGAUAUCAGCACUGAAAAUGCCAUGCUUCAAGGAUCUAGGCGAACUAGCAAAGGAGUUGAGUAUCUGGUUGAAGCAUCAGCUGCAGAAGCUGAAGCUAUCAGUGCCACACUGGCUGCUGCCAAGGCACGACAAGUGAAUGGAGAAGUUGAAUUGCCUGACCGAGACCGUGGGGCUGAGGCUACCCCUAGUGGGAAACAAAUAUCUUCCUUGAUUAAGCCUGAUUCUGCAGGGCUAGAUAGCAUCGCUCAAGGUGGAGUUAGGCUGCAUCACAGAGCUGUGGUUGUUGCUGCAGAGACUGGUGGAGCAUUAGGUGGCAUGGUUAGACAGCUUUCAAUUGAUCAGUUUGAAAAUGAAGGCAGGCGGGUCAGUUAUGGGACUCCAGAAAAUGCAACGGCAGCUAGAAAAUUAUUAGAUCGGCAGAUGUCUAUCAAUAGUGUCCCUAAGAAGGUCAUAGCACACCUAUUAAAGCCUCGUGGCUGGAAACCACCAGUUCGCCGGCAGUUUUUCUUGGAUUGCAAUGAAAUUGCGGAUCUUUGUGACAGUGCAGAGCGGAUAUUUUCUAGUGAACCAAGUGUCUUACAGCUUAGGGCACCAAUUAAAAUAUUUGGUGAUUUGCAUGGGCAGUUUGGGGAUCUUAUGCGCCUCUUUGAUGAGUAUGGGGCACCAUCAACUGCUGGUGACAUAGCAUAUAUCGAUUAUCUAUUCCUAGGAGAUUAUGUUGAUAGGGGCCAGCACAGCCUCGAAACUAUAAGCCUUCUGCUUGCUCUAAAGGUUGAGUAUCCAAACAAUGUACAUUUAAUACGUGGAAAUCAUGAAGCUGCAGAUAUUAAUGCCCUUUUUGGUUUCCGAAUUGAGUGCAUCGAGAGGCUGGGUGAGAGAGAUGGAAUUUGGGCAUGGCACCGGAUAAACCGUCUGUUUAAUUGGCUUCCUCUGGCAGCUCUAAUUGAGAAAAAAAUUAUUUGCAUGCACGGGGGUAUUGGUCGUUCAAUAAAUCAUUUGGAGCAAAUUGAGAAUAUUCAGCGUCCGAUUACAAUGGAAGCAGGAUCAAUUGUGCUUAUGGAUCUAUUAUGGUCUGAUCCUACAGAGAAUGACAGCGUGGAAGGGCUGCGGCCAAAUGCUAGAGGUCCAGGGUUAGUUACUUUUGGGCCUGAUCGGGUCAUGGAAUUUUGCAACAACAAUGAUCUUCAGCUGAUUGUCCGUGCACAUGAAUGUGUGAUGGAUGGCUUUGAGCGUUUUGCCCAGGGACAUCUGAUCACACUUUUCUCGGCUACAAACUACUGUGGUACUGCAAAUAAUGCUGGGGCAAUAUUAGUUUUGGGCAGAGAUCUUGUUGUGGUUCCUAAACUGAUUCAUCCAUUACCACCUGCAAUUUCUUCACCAGAAACUUCACCAGAACGUCAUAUUGAAGAUACAUGGAUGCAGGAGUUGAAUGCUAACCGACCACCAACACCAACUAGAGGCCGUCCUCAAGUGGCAAAUGACCGAGGUUCGCUUGCUUGGAUAUAGUGAUCAUUAAGAAUGCCCCUAUUGUUUAUGACUCUUAACGGCUUGUGCUAUCGCAUGGAUUUCUGGUGUUACGUGUAUAGCAUGACGCCAUUUACGGGGUAUGGGAGCUUGUGAUCUUAAUACACGCAGAGAAAGCUUGAAGGCUUUCAUAAUGGUGGUUCUCACCCGCUGAAUCAAGCAGGCCUUUACAAGAUACAAGUUCGAGAAGCAACGUUGGUAUUUACUGCUAGGUUCACUUUGAUAAAGCUAGAAAUUGCAGAUGGGUUCCCCCCACCCAUUGUAAAUUGAGCCGUUGGUACAAAAUCCAGGUCAUGGUUGUCUCAUGGAUUUUUCUCAUUAAUUUUUACAUAUUUUUUACUCCUUGUCCCUAAGUUUUUUUUUUUUUUUUUUGUUGUUGUGGGAAUCAAGAGGACAAUGAGUUUUCUCUUUCUCCUUUUCCUGUGAUGGUGAGAUAUAUAAAUCAGAAAUCUUAGAGGUCCAUGUAUCAUAGGUGUUGCAUUGUGUAGUCCUCAUCCAUUUCUUGUACAAUUAAUUUUUGUGUGAAUCAAAGUUUUAUGACA